AGGCGGUUUGAUGCCAAGCCUAUUACUGAGGACAACAUCCGUGUUACUCUCUUAUUGCACUGUCCUGCUGGAGCGUGUUUUUUUUUUGUUCAAUAUGCGGCUUUCUAAUUCUGAGAUCCGGGCUGUUGGUCUCGACUUCAUAGAGUUUUUACACGAGACGCAAAGAUUCAGUAUUACUCAGAGGGAUGAACUACAAGACAUCUACCAAAGAGAGUUUAGGAACAGGCAUGGUGCCAGAGAUCCUAACUUCUCUUCAUUGCUGUUCGUCCUCAGGAACAGUAACAAAGCGCGCGUCACCCGGGACAGACAUGUGUACUUUAAAGAUAAUGUGCGAGUGCUACAGGACCAAUGGUGGAGACCUGAAGAGAGGCAGCCAAGUGCCAGCAUUGCCAGUCGGAGGGCCUCAAGAUCUCUACCAUCUCAAAAUGCUCAGGCAGCAUCCUCUCCACCUCCUGGACCGGAGGAAGGCGUUAGAGCCAGAAGGAAGCUGGCUCAGGAGAUCCUAAAAAAGCUCAGUAAUGAGAGAUCAGAGUUUGUGGCUGAUAAACAUGGAGUUCGGGUCAGCUCUGAAAGGGAGAUUGUGGAUGGGAGAAUGCAGGUGUGUGUGGACAGUGCAGAUGAUUAUGAGUGGAAGGUGUAUGUUGAAAAUACAGGGCAGCAUGUUGUGGAUUUCACUUACUACUCACCACUGCACUGGAUACAAUGCUUCAGGUUUGAUGACUCCAAGAAAGUCACACGCAACAAUCCCCUGAGCCUACUACCUGGUGAUAGGUAUGAGGUCACUGUGAAGGUCCAUUCAAAAUAUGUGGGUAUAUAUCAUGCAACUGUGGCCUUCGAGUUCAAGUUAAGCAUGGAGCCAAGGCCAUUCCACAUUGUGCGCUUUAUUGAAGCUGAGUUCAGCACACAGCUAGCUAAAGAGCUGGCACCCACUGAGCCCUACACACCCUUCAGACUCAGCAGAGAACAAACUGAUGAUUUCACUGUAGAUGAGGGAGAACGACCUGACAACCUGGUCAUACAGCGUCUUCAAAUUGAGGUCCCUUUGUUGACAUAUAAAUGCCCAGACUAUGUUGAUGACCUGAUCAACUUUCUGAAAGCCUCAAGUUCUCACAAGCCCUUUCUGAUGCAAAAGAAGUUUCGACUGGAGACUCCUCUGGAUUUUUAUAACUACACAGAGCGCUUCGAACUUCUCCUUAACCUAGAGGAACGUCAAAUGGAGGUGGACAUCAAGACAUAUGACAAGCAUGAUGUCACCAUGCAGAUUGACCGACAGAACAGAAGACUUUUGGUACUUGAGGUUCCAGGUGUUUCUGAAAAUCGUCCAUCUGUGUUAAGAGGAGAUCAUUUGCUGAUGACUAAGUCUGAUGACGUGAAUUCACAGCGUAUCACCAAAUACAAAGGCUAUGUGCACCGCGUGGAGCUCGACCGGCUCAAACUGGGUUUCUCACAGAGGUUCUUGGCCAGUUUCAUAGACAACAUGAAGUUUCAUGUAGAGUUCACUGUUAACCGGCUCCCAGUGAGACUCCAGCAUCGCGCCGUGCAGCUAGCUGUCCAACACCACCUUCAAGAUGUGCUGUUCCCUAAAGAAUCAAAUGUCGCAUCCCAAACACCACUACCAUCACUGAGCCUGUUUGACAGAAAGCUGCAGGAAAACGAUGAGCAAUACACUGCAGUGCGUAACAUUGUAGCUGGUGUGUCUAAGCCUGCACCGUACCUGGUGUUUGGACCUCCUGGUACAGGAAAAACAGUUACUAUGGUAGAAGCCAUUAAACAGGUAGAGAAGUGUUUGCCAGAUGUGCAUAUCCUGGCAUGUGCUCCUUCUAACAGCGCUGCAGAUCAGUUGUGCGAGAAAUUGCUGGAACACGUUGACACUCACAAAGUAUACCGAAUGUACGCCAGCAGUCGGAACCCCGACCAGGUGCCCCUCAGUCUGAAGGAAGCUAGUAAUCUUAAAGGUGAUGCUUUUGAGUUUCCACGUAAAGAAGAGUUGAUGACAUAUAAGAUUGUGGUCACGACUGUGGUUACAGCUGGCAGGCUGGUCACUGGUGGGGUGCCUUCCACUCAUUUCACUCAUAUCUUUGUGGAUGAAGCUGGCCAUGCAGUGGAGUGUGAGACCAUUAUAGCUAUUGCUGGUCUGCUGCAUGCAGAGACAGGGAUGCUUGUGCUGGCCGGAGAUCCGAAGCAGUUGGGGCCUAUUCUAAGGUCUCCAAAUGCUAUCAGAUAUGGACUGGGUCUGUCACUUCUGGAAAGGCUGAUGACUAAAAAUUCACUCUAUAAAAGAACAGAAACUGGAUUCAACAGUAACUAUGUCACCAAGUUACUGCGCAACUACAGGUCUCACAGGGCAAUCCUGAAAACACCUAAUGAGAUGUUUUAUGAUGGAGAGCUGCAGCCAUGUGCAGAUGAAUACAGUACCAGCUUCUACUGCAACUGGGAACACCUUCCCAAAAAGGGGUUCCCUCUGAUUUUUCAUGGUGUAUCAGGGAAGGAUGAGCGUGAGUCAAAUAGUCCAUCUUUCUUCAACACCAGUGAGAUCACCGUCGUCGUUGACUACCUGAAGAAACUGCUGCUGACACAGGGCAAGAAAUGCAUUGCCCGGAUCUCACCCAAAGACAUUGGUAUCAUAACCCCCUACAGGAAACAGGUGGAGAAAUUGCGGAAGGCCAUCCUAAAAUGUGAUAGAGAGCUGAAAGUCUUCCAGGACAUUGAACACCUGAAGGUGGGAUCAGUGGAGGAGUUUCAAGGCCAAGAGAGGAGGGUGAUCAUUGUGUCGACUGUCCGCAGCAACAGUGAAUAUCUUACAUUGGACUCGAUUUUCAACAUCGGUUUCCUUAAAAACGAAAAGAGGUUCAAUGUAGCUGUGACCCGAGCCAGAGCUCUGCUCAUCAUUGUGGGAAACCCUGUCAUACUCAGCACUGAUACGUCCUGGUCUAAGUUUAUCGAUUACUGCACUGAAGAAGGAGGCUGCACUGGUUUCAAGCGCAUCUCUGUAGAGGGCACAGAGGAAGUGGUGACUCGGCUCAUGGCUCUCAGGAUCCAUACAGAGGCUGAAGGGGAAACUGAGGAGAGUUCCGUCCAGCAGUACGAAAACCCCGAGUGGAGGAAUGAACAGUAACCCUGAGAAUCUCUCUCUCUAUCUCUCUAACUCUUUUUCUCUAUCUCUCUCUCUCUGUUUAUGCUGUUGUCAGUUUCUCCAAACAACAGUCUUCAUUGCAUUUCAAAUAUGUUUUAAAAGAUUUAGGGACUUGCACUAUUCAUUUCUAUUCAAUUUUAAGCAAAGAAAAUUCCUUGAUUUAUUGAUACAUAACUUAUGACCUGGUGCUUUGCUAUGCUGAAUGCGUCUAUUCUGAUAAAUAAUCAGUUGCCAUAAAGUGCAUCAGUUAGCCGUGUGCAGGAAAAUUCCUUAUCAGGGAAACCAGGACAUUAUGAACGAGCAUAAUGCCUCGUGCUUACAGUCAUACAGCGUUUCUGUUCAUUAAGAUCAUUCGUCUCAAUCACCCCAAGCCCUAGCUGAUGCUAGACUCGCUAGUUUACACAUGAGACUUGCAUUUUGCAUCAAAGUGAACUAAAAGGUAAAAGUAGCUAUUAGUUCACCAAUGUAGUGUAAAGAAACAAACCACAUCUGUGUAUGUGUAAUUUUCACAUGUAAUCUGACGGUGAGUUAAUAUGUAGAAUCGAUGUUGUCACAUGCAAAACAGUAGAAGUAAACCAUAUUAAGUGGAAUGUAAAUUUAAAGUAUAACACAGAUUAAAGACUGCUAACUGUGAAUGAGACAAAACAAUACAACAAAAAUGCAAAAUACCUGCACACACGAAUGUCUUAUGUUGUAUUAAAGAUAUUAAAGAAAUGUUUACAGGGAGUGAAGAAGUCACAAAUAUUAAGUUCGCUUUCAAAAUUAUUUUUGCUGAAAUUUUAUGAAAUCAAAAUGCUGGUUUUUACUAAUUUAUUUUAAAAUUUAAUUGGUUUUCACAAAUUUAAUUCUUGCUCCUUGAAUGUAUCAAAUUGCAUUAUUUAUGAAAUGACUUUAUAUAAUAUUAAUAUAUUUAUUAAUAACAACCUUCAAAAUAGAUGCUUUAUUUUGCUCAUUGGAAAAUGUCUUUUAAACGUGAGUAAAUUAAGUUGCAAAUUUUUGUAUUUUUACACAAACAAACCUUUAAGAAAUCAAUAAUGUCUGUCAUCUCUCACACACACACACCCGUUGCCAUUUGGUCAGCAUGAUUCAUACAGAGUUGCAUGAAAUGUGCAUGUUCUCCACUUUUAGUGUAGGUUCACACAAGCUGAACAGACAGAAUCUAUUAUGAGUUAACAAUAAUUUAACAUAAUAAAUCAUUUAGAAUUAUCCAAACAUGACUGAAAUAUUAAAAUACUUGAAAUUGGUUGAAUUGUGGAGCCUUGAUCUGCCAUCAGUGCCAUCAGUAAGACAUUUUGUCAUAAAGUUAGUGUAGGAAUGAAAGCUGGAAAUCUUAAGAAAGUAUACAUUAUAUAAAAUCUAUGCAGAGAUUUUAUUAAUCGUGAAUUUUUUUUUAAUGUGUCUGAAAUGCUUGAAGUACAUUUUAAAUUUAUCUGGACAUUGUAUCUUUAAGAGCUGGAAUCAUUAAUAAAGAAUAAUAAAAUGUU